GCCGUAUCGAUGCUUUGCCAAAGUCGGCCAAGAUGGAGUGCUUGAGCGGCGACCGAAUGCGCGGAGUGCCUGACGGAUCCCUUGAUCAGACCACUCGGGGCUCUCGAGCAACUCGGAUCGUGCGUUGCAUUGUCGGCUACGAUCUUCCCCUUUGCAGAAAGCAAGCGCCGACAUUGCUUUGCACAUAAAUCCUUAAUUGAUGCCUUGCCGCCGUUCACGCAUUGCAGCGUUCCUCGGUGGCCCCGUUGUUCACAAUGCCUCGGUGGCCCCUUCGACCGACCUUUAUUAGCAGGCCAUGCCGGCCCCCGACCUCCAUUGUAUCCUUGUACGCGAACUCCCAGGUUGAAAGCAGCUAGCCAGCUGCCUUGGAGUUCACUGUUUCUACGAGGGUCUUUGUCGGUCGCGUUCGCCGUGACAGUAUGGACUGCAGAAUGUUGGCGAUUGCCGAAGAGAUUCAUCUUCUAGCGAACCACAAUGAACCGGUCUCAACUGCGGACCGCGACGGAGUGGCUCACCAUGACUUAGCGAAUCGCGCUUCGAUGGACGAUGACCUGCUCGGAAGUGUUUCUUUGCCGGAUGAAAGUGCCCAGGACAAGCUGCAGCAGCUCGUUCUGGACUUGGAGGAUCUGGCGAUCUUGCGGGACGCGGAUCUGCCGGCGGUUAUUCAUUCCUUAUACGAGGAUGGCCCUUCCGAUCCCCAGCCCGAUCGUGUGCCUGUUCCCUUUAGCUAUGAGCGAUCGAACCUUACGGGUACCCGCGUGGCCGAUCCCGAUCUCAAGAUGGAGUCAGGGAAAGACAAUGAGAUCACUGUUUCCAUGCCCGCACAGAUCAUGAGCGGCCUGAACUCCGUCAACGUGUCCGUUCUUUCUCAGUGCAAAAGUAUCAUUAACAAAAAGGAAACAAAGCGCAAGGGAGCUCGCGGUCUCAGGUCGGCCACCAUCGCCAACAAUGUGCACGCUACUACAAAGCGCAAUUUGAAGAAACGCCUUAUGCAGGCGGUUGCGCCGACUCCGAAGGACGGUUCUAUCGGCGACCUGGGGCAGGCUGUGCAGUUCCACCCUCAAGUGGCCUCCCAGCCGGCUUCGCCGAUCGCGCUGAAACCAGGCUGCACGUUCAAGUCCGCUCCAAUCGUCGCUGCUGUCCCCAUGCGUUCGCGCGCUAACGAACCCGUCCCUGCGGGCGCUCCUGCCAAGGACUCCGACUUCAAGCUCGUUCCCAGCGCUCCGAUCCAGCAGAAGAAGCACGGCCGGGCAAGUCCUCUGAUCUGCGAUAUCUGCAACCAUCAGUCGGGCAGGUUGAAUGACCACCGGCGCCACAUGUUGACGCACUUCCCGCCACAGCUGAAGUGCCCUGGUUGUCUCAAAGAAUUCCGCCGGGAAUACUCGCUCAGGCGCCAUCUGACCGGGGGCAAGAAGAGCUUGCCGUGUUAUAUUGUCGCGGUUGAGCGGUACGGUCCCGACGAGCACGGGAACUGGAAGAACAUGGCUCCGUUCCGGAUGGCGCCGGAGGAAAGCAAUGGAGCGAUGCUGGAUGGGUAG